AUGGGGCCUGUGGAGGCUAGAUCGACCUCAACGGAAUCAACGAGUGAAGGUCUGGAUACUCCAGAAGCUUCUCUAAAUGCAGAAACUGGAUUGUUGAACAGUGAUGUAGAAAACGUGAGGGAAGAAGAUGUGUCUGAGGUAGAAGCAGAGAACAAGAUGUUCAAAGAUUUGCCAAAGGUGUCUGAUGAAGCUAAUGCAGAGAUCUCCGGUGUGCUCAGCCUGGGAGAACCUCAUAAAGCUGUUCAGAGCAUGCAAUCCGGAAGGUGCCAAUGGAUGUCGUCGGACUACAAUCUUAAAGAUCUGGAUAAAAGAGAAACUUCAUGUGUGAUUAAUCUGAGAAAGGAAGAUGCUGAAGAAAAAUCGCUUGCAUUCUUUGGGAAUAAUGGCUGUGUGUCUGCUUCUGCUGCUGCUGCUGCUGCUGCUGAUGAUGCUGUUUGGACAGCAGCAGUAAUAAAUCCGUGUGUUUUAUCUGGCAGCUGUGAGGUGCGUCCCGGUCCGGAGUUCCUCACUCGCUCCUACCGUUUCUUGCUCAACAACACGUUUAAGGCGCUUCAGUUCUACUACGCAGACAACCACUGCUCCACGCCGAGCUACAGUGUGCAGGUGCAGGGCCGUCUGCGUCUGCGCCAGCCGUCCUGGAUCGUCCGAGGCGGCACCGAGGCCGACUAUCAGAUCCACAGCAUGCGUCUGGUGUGUCACUCGGCGUCUGCGGCCCGAGAGCUCGGCUGCGCUUCUUGGCAGCCCAACAUCAGCUGUGAGCUGUGGAGCGUCUGCGGCUGCGUCUGCGGGUGUGCACUGAACGUCUCCAUGCACGAGCUGCAGCUGCUGCGGCUGGAGAAGCAGUAUCUGCAUCACAGUCUGGAUCAGCUGCUGGAGGAGCUUUAUCUGGGAGACAUUCACACCGAAGCGGCGCAGAGGAUGCUCUACAGGCCCUCCAGCUACCAGCCCGCGCUGCAGAACACACAGAAUCAGGAUCUGAGCUGCGUGGUCUGUCGAAUCGUCUCUCGCUCUGACGAGCUUCAUCCGCCGGUUCUCCCGCCGCAGCCCGAGCUGACGGUGACCCUGAGGGGCCAGUGGGCUUCCCGCCGCUGCGAGGUCCGGCCCGAGGCCCUGUUCCUCACGCGACACUUCAUCUUCCACGACAGCAACCACACCUGGGAGGGUCACUACCAUCACUACUCUGACCCGGCCUGCAGACACCCCACCUUCAGCCUGUUCGCCCGCGGACGCUACAGCCGCGGCCUGCGCUCCACACGCGUCAUGGGCGGCAUGGAGUUUGAGUUCAGAGUGAACCACAUGCGCGUGACGGCGAUGGAUCUGGCGACCACGUCUCUGCUGAAUGUGUUCAAAGAGAGUGGCUGCGGUGUUCAGGGUUCGUGGCAGGUGGGCGUGGAGCAGGACGUGACUCCGACCAAUGGCUGCGCGGCGCUGGGGCUCCACCUCCCACACACAGAGUAUGAGCUCUUCCGAUUGGAGCGCGACGCAGACGGACGAUUGCUGCUGUUUAACGGCCAGCGGCCCAGCGACGGCUCCAGCCCCGACCGACCCGACAGACGGCCCACAUCCUACCAGACGCCGCUGGUGCAGUGCUCCGCCGCUGGAGGUCAGAGGUCAGAGGUCAGCGCCGCGCAGAGCCUCGGCAAUCUGGCAACCACAGCAGCGGUGGCGGCGGUUUGGAGUUUGUGGGUUUCUGAGACGUAAAAGCGAUCAGAUGUUUCUGACCCAGAAUGCACUAGAGUUUUCCGUCAGACGGAUGAAUGCACAACAGGAACUGCACUUUACGAGAACGAAGCCUGACGCUUUCGCUCCUGACGGGACUUUACAUCCUAAAACAUGCCUGUAAAUCAGAUUCGAAGGAAAAAUCUCCCAGAAAUAAAGAUUCUGUCAUUAUUUAGUCAUACAGCCCAGGGCCUUCAUCUAUAAAGAUGUCCAUUUUUUUCUAAGAAAUCAUAUAGAAAUGAAUUCAUCAAUGAUAUACAGUGGGUACGG